GGGUAUAAAAGUGGAUGAAUUGUCGCAAAAUGGCAUCAGUUCCCAACUGAGUGUUUAAUUCGUAUGUGCAUCAUGAGGACCACCGUGUUCCUAGUACUUUUAGGUAUCUCCGCCGCCUUGGCCGGGGAAAAGAAGACCACAAAACGUGGUGUCUAUGGCGAGUCCCUCGGCUUCGGUGUUGGGAGUGCCGGUCUUGGACAUGGUGGCCUUAGCUCUGGCCUGUCUCUCGGACACGGAAUUGGUCUAGGAUCACUAGGAUCUGGAUUAGGUGGACACGGACUCGGAUCAGGAUUGGGAGGCGGUCUCGGCGGAGGAUUGGGUGGUGGUCUAGGAGGAGGAUUGGGAGUUGGACUCGGUGGAGGAUUGGGAGGAGAAAUCGAUCUGGGAACCAGUGUAUCUCGCCACAUCACUGUAACCAACAGAGUUGGCAUCCCAGUACCACAACCAUAUCCCGUGCCAGUCGAAAGAAAAAUCCCCGUUCCAGUGCCACAUCCAGUAGCUGUGCCAGUAGAUCGUCCAUACCCAGUGCAUGUACCAAAACCUUACCCAGUUACUGUUGAGAAGCCAGUUGCAGUACCAGUCGAUAAACCAGUGCCAUACGCCGUACCAGUACCCGUCAAAGUACCUGUACCGGUUCCAUACAAAGUAGCUGUGCCCAGACCAGUGCCAGUACCAAUUCACAAACCAGUACCAGUUCACAUCCCAACCCCUGUGGUUAUCAAAAAGGAAGUACCAGUCCUCGUCAGCUCUGGACACGGAUCUUUGGGAGGUAGCAUCGGAUCCGGCCUUUCCCUUGGUGGUGGUUUAGGACACGGUUCUGGAAUCUCAUUCGGAGGUGGUUUCGGACAUGGUUCAGGAAUUUCUUUGGGAGGAGCAAUUUCUGGAGGAUACGGAGGCGGCCAUGGCUGGUGGUAAACGAUAUUCGCCAGAAUUCUGUGAUCUACCUAUUUUCUCAUUUCAUCUUGUAUAAAUAUUUCAUUUAUUCCACACUGAAACUAGUCCAGUUUCAUCUGUUGUCAAAGUUUAUAAUAAAGUUAAAUAUAAAAAUAUUA